CCACCAAGCAAAGUUCUUUCUAGCAUCCUGGGAAAGAGCAAUCUUCAGUUUGCAGGAAUGAGCAUAAUGCUGAAUAUCUCCACCACCAGCUUAAACCUAAUGACUCCUGAUACAAAACAGAUCAUAGCAAAUCACCAUAUGCAAUCUAUUUCCUUUGCAUCUGGAGGUGAUCCGGAUACCACUGACUAUGUUGCAUAUGUAGCUAAGGAUCCUGUUAAUCGGAGAGCUUGUCAUAUACUGGAAUGCUGCGAUGGCCUGGCCCAGGAUGUCAUCAGCACCAUAGGGCAAGCGUUUGAGCUUCGAUUUAAGCAAUACUUGCGAUGCCCCUCUAAAAUACCCAGUUUCCAUGAUAGGAUGCAGAGUUUUGAUGAGUUGUGGAUGGAGGAAGAUAAUGAGACAAUAGAACAUCCCUAUUACAACAACAUCCCAAAUAAAAUGCCCCCUCCUGGCGGCUUCAUUGAUGCCAGGCUCAAAGCAAGACUUCCCACUGCUGCAGAUACAGCUCAGUCUGCAGCAGGAGUGGGAGGAGAGCAAACCUGUUACCAGAGUCGGCACUUUGGAGACAAAUUCAGUGAAGACUGGCAUCACGGGCCUAUUAAGCAAGGAUCGCUAGAUAUUUGUAGCAUGCUAGGAGGGAAAUCACAAGUAACCCCAACAACAGAGAUGCCAACAUAUGUAAACACUCAGCAUAUAGAUGGAGAAGCUCUAUUGGCACGUCAGGCAGAAGCUGAAAGUACCUUCAGUGGAACACCAGAUGAUACCAAGGAGAGCAGCCCAGGAAAGGAUCUGUUUGACAUGAAACCAUUUGAAGAUGCCCUCAAGAACCAAACAUCUGAGGCUGCAUUGAGGAAAUCCACCUCCAUGGGAUGCACCAGUCCUCUCUUGUCCAGAGCAGCUGACUGGACUGUAGUGGAAGAGCUGAUUACAGAGCCGUGGUAUCAAGGAGAGAUGAGCAGGAAAGAAGCAGAACAGCUGUUAAAGAAAUGUGGAGACUUCCUUGUGAGGAAGAGUACCACGAAUCCCGGCUCCUAUGUGCUGACAGGCAUGCACAACGGACAAGCCAAGCAUCUUCUUCUGGUGGACCCAGAAGGAAUUGUAAGUGCUGACUCCAGUAACACAGGAGGUUUCUGA